AUGCCUUUAAUGGAUAGGGACAAGUCUCCAUAUAAAAAUACUACAGAUGAGAAAGCUGAGCAGGUAAUUCGCGACCUCAUCAGGAAAAGAGGUAUUCUCAAGGGCAGGUUAACGAAAUUUGUGAAUCAUCUACAUAGUCUAGUAAAACCGCUAGGUCAGGAGUCCAGGAUAGAUUUAAAAUUGCGCAUGGAUGGGGCAGGUAUUCUAUUUUCGGAAUUCAAUUCCAUACAAUCAAAGCUCGAGGAGACUGUCUCUGAGUGUGAUAUCGACGAGCAGUUAAAUCAGCGUCAGCAAUUCGAAGACUGUUACUACAGUACACUUUCAAAAGCUGAAUCCCUUCUUGGUGUCGGUAGGGAGGUCGCUGAAUGCUCUAAAAUGUGUUCUCAAAAUCAGUCGUCAAUUAAAUUACCUGUCAUCACUUUACCUACCUUCGACGGUUUAUACGAGCACUGGCUAGAAUAUAGGGACACAUAUUUAUCAUUGGUGCAUAAUUCGACAGAUAUUAGCGACAUACAAAAAUUUCAUUACCUAAAAUCGUCACUAAAGGGAAGUGCUGAAAUGGUAGUAAACGCACUAGAAAUAUCAUCCGAAAAUUAUUCUGUUGCGUGGGAACUUUUGCUAAAUCGUUCUAGCGAUUCUAAUCAUACAACGAGCCUAGUCUCUAAAUCGUCAACUGAAGCGACUGAAAGUAGCGGAGUCACCGCGCACGCGCCCCCUCCCUCGAUCAGUUGCAGCCGAAGCGACAAGGGACAGGUUUGCGAUGUUCACGCGUACACGCACACAGAUGUACACCAUGCGCAUUUUGAGGUACCUGAUAACGUUCAGCUGGCAAAUACGCAAUUUCUAGGGCAACAAAAUAUAGAUAUUUUGAUAGGAGCGGACCGGUUUUGGGACUUGCUUAUCGACGGCAAGAUACGUCUACCUAACGGCCCAUUCCUACAAAAUACUAAGUUAGGUUGGAUAGUUUCGGGUCCUAUCAAUCAUAUUACGCAAAAAUAUGGACACGUCCAAUGUAACUUUAAUACAUCUAUAGAAAAUCAAUUACGUCAAUUUUGGGAGCUCGAAGAGUUAACUCAGCCUCGGAAUACGCAAUCUGAUGAAGAGACGGCUUGUGAACAAAGUUUCGUUACAACCACUACACGCGACAAACAUGGUAGAUUUAUUGUUGACAUUCCGCUCAAAAAAUCGGCCGAGGUGUUGGGCGAAUCGUACUCCCAAGCUGAGCGCCGUUUUUUCGCGUUGGAAAAACGGUUGCUACGCGCACCCACCAGUUAUAAGCAAUUAUACGUAGAUUUCAUGCGAGAGUACAUCAACUUAGGUCACAUGACUAAAGUCGAUAGUUAUUCGAACCCCAACUACUUUCUACCGCAUCACGGCGUAUUUCGUGAACACAGCACUACCACGAAACUCCGUGUCGUGUUCGACGCCAGUGCAGCCACUAACAACGGAAUUUCGUUUAACGACAUACAACUCGUCGGACCUCCUAUUCAGGGUGACUUGCUAGGUAUACUGUUGCGCUUUAGACAAUUCCGAUACACCGCGUUAGCUGACUGCGAAAAAAUGUAUCGUUCGGUACUCGUUAAUCCGACCCAACGUGACUUACAGCUAGUCGUGUGGCGCGACGAACCGUCUAAACCGCUUGCAGUAUACAAGUUAAAUACGGUUACAUAUGGCACAGCUUCGGCACCGUUCUUGAGCGUACGCUGUUUGAAGCAACUAGCUGCUGAGUGUUCCGACCUUGAAGUCAAAAGAGUCAUAAAUAACGAUAUUUAUGUUGAUGACCUUCUGACCUCCAGCGACGACAAGGACAAAUUAUUAAGAAUUUGCAAGGGCACCGUAGACGUGCUAAAGUCCGGUUGCUUUAUUUUACGCAAUUACAGCAGCCCACUUCUAAUGUAA